CUAACCUAUUUGUACUCUGCUGGGAUUAGUAUGGCAGCGGUAAAGACUCUCAUAUUCGGACAAUCAUUCAUAUAUUGGCUGAGGAACUUCACUGAAAAAAGCUCACCUAACUUUAAAUUAAACGCAUCAGAAUUUGAAAUCGAGUGUCAAGGUAUACGGGGAGGGGUUCUUCUAACAUCAUCAUCUCAAAACAAGAAAAAACACCUCCUUCCACAUUUGUAUAAACAAAUAUCAACACUUGCACCAGAGCUGAUUUAUCUCCAGAUGGGAGAGAAUGAUAUUGACAUCCCUGGUUCAGACCCGGAGAGGAUUGCCAAUGCCAUUAUAUCAGUUGGCAACUAUCUGUUGCAACAUGAAUUUGUAAAAUGCGUCAGCAUUGGGCUAUUAUUCCACCGAAUACAUCCAAGUACAAGUGAUUAUAACAAAAAAGUGGAUAAAGUGAAUGAAUAUAUAUGGCAUUUAUUAGGAAAGCCUGCCAAAAAGUGUAAUUUUCAUCUAGCAAGGGAACAAAUAAUGAUUUUUCCAAACAAAGGUUUAAACCUUCACGGACUUAAGAAUCAAACUAUCUGGGAUGGAAUUCAUCUAAAUGACAUAGGCCUCCAAAGAUUUCAUGAUAAUCUAAAAAGAUCACUCAUCCUUACUAGGGAUAUCCAUAUUGGUAAGUCCUUAUCACCACCAUCAUUCCCAGCAGAGUAAUAUCUUAAGUUGUAAACAUUUAGUUGUUCUGGUAUGAACGAUCUCAUUUGAGAUGCAGUACUCAUGUUUUAUAUGUGUUAUAUAUGAGUUGUCUCAUUUGAGAUGCAGUUCUCAUGUUUUUAUAUGUGUUAUAUAUGAGUCGUCUCAUUAUGAGAUGCAGUACUCAUAUUGUUUUAUAUGUGUUAUGUAUGAGUCGUCUCAUUACGAGAUGCAGUACUCAUGCUGUUUUUUAUAUGUGUUACAUAUGAGUCGUCUCAUUAUGAGAUGCAGUACUCAUGUUGUUUUUAUAUGUGUUAUAUAUGAGUCGUCUCAUUAUGAGAUGCAGUACUCAUGUUGUUUU